AUGAGUGCGCUGCACCUGUCGGGCGGGGAGGCCGCUCCGGCCGUGCCCGUGCCGCGCCUCCCGGCCCUCGCGCUCUCGCUGGGCCGGCAGGCCGUCGCGGGCGCGUCGGAGGCGGGCGGCGCCCCCGCGCCGCCCGAGGGCCUCGGCACCCAGCGGCUCCGCCCGCUGCUGGUGGCUGCCACCGUGCUGCUGGUGGCCAUGGCGGGAUUGGCGUCCUGCCUGACCGAGUUUUGGGACGGGGAUUCUGCGUACAGUGGGGCUGUGGGGGAGCUGGCCCCAUCGGCCACCAGGCUCCUGAGAAGACAGAUCGCCGCGCUGAGCUGGAAGAACGCCAAGGUCGCCUGGCGCGCGGAACUGCCCAUGUGCUUCUCUUGCUGUAACGGCUGCUGCUGCAUGCUGUCGCCCAUCAUGUUCAUCGGCUUGCUCACGGUGCUGCCCAAUUUUGCCAUGCAAGCGACAGGGGCGAGAAGGAUGCUUCUCGUGGAGCACCCCGUGGAGUACGGCAGGAACUACAGCGACGCGUCCGCGUGGCACCAUACUGGAGCAUCGCUGAGGGACCUGCUCUUCAUGGAGCCCACGGACGAGGGCGCUGACACGGGCUGGCGUUCCAUAUUGCAGGACCCGAUUACUACGCCGUGGCACCCGAUCGGCGUAUUGCCGCAGGGUGCCUGCUACUGCCGCACCCUUGGGGCUGUGGGCCCAGGCGCCAGCAAAUUCAUUGAACAUUCGAGGCAGGCGUAUCUGGAUUGGAACAACCGCCGCCCGUCGCAGGACGAGAGGUGGCGCCAGGCUGUCAAGCUGCACAUGGCGAGUGGCGAAAUGUGGAGGCAGCUGCGGAUCAUCUACGGUGUUCAGGCACAGGAGUGCCCCGCCAACGACAAGAGGACCUUCUUCAGAGAGUUCAGCAGCGAGGCAGAGGUGGAGAGCAUGCUGAGCCGGUAUAACUACGGCACCGUCAGCCGUGCGCGGGCUCCCGAGGCGGAGAUGGACCGGCUCUGCGGAGUGGUCGUCUUCCAGAACGACCCCUCCACCGUGGGCGUUGUCAGGUACACCAUCCGCACGAAUGUCACGGGCGUGGAUGCCACUGGCUCCGUCGCCGAGAGGGUGGUGGCCGAGCAGCAAAAGGGCAUGCAGAAGCAGGCCCUCGGAUGGUAUCUGCAGUCGGGCUUCCUGUCCAUUCAGGAGCUGGUGCAGGACUUCGUGGCCGAGCUGCGCCUCGGGAGGGGGCCCCGCGGGCCCAGGGCGGUGUUCGUCCCGCUGCCCGCGGCCGGCUACAGGUUGGACAAGCUGAAGCAGAGCCUGGCAAGCACCGUUGCUUCAGCGGAGGUCUGCACCGCCACCUUCUCAGCGGUCGUCGUGCUCGCGGCGUACCUCGCGAUCAGGGAGAGGAACUCCAAGCAGAAGGAGUUGAUGCGGCUCAUGGGGCUGAGCGACUGCUCGCUGGCGCUCUCCUGGCUGCUAUUGUACGCUUUCCAGAGUACCCUGGUCUCGCUGGGGUGCUCGCUGUUGGUCCAGUCUGUUCUCGUCGACAAUUCUGAGUUCUUCAUUGUUUUUCUGAUUUUUUUCCUGACUGCCUUGGCCAGUUCGCUGGUCGGCCUUACCGUUUCUGCCCUUAUAUCGACCGAGCGGUUGGGGGCACUGGUGGCUUUCGGAGCAUACCAGUGCAUGGGCUUGUUGUGCCAUGGACUUGUUAGAGACACCAGGCAGGCGGCCAUGAGCUCCGAUGGGAGCCCGCCGUCGAGCACAGACGCCACCUCUGCUGCAUCGGCGCACCUCCUCAUGGCAAGCGUCUUGCCCAACGUGGCUUUUGUGCUCUGCCUCAAGGCCUUCUUUGCGCUGGACUCCACCCCCCAGGGCUGCACCUGGCAGAGUCUGCAGCAUCGCGUCGGGAACUACACCGUGGCUGGCGGGCUCAAGAUGCUCUCUGCGGACCUGCUAGUGUGGGGCCUCGCUUACUCCUACCUCGAUCAGGUGGUCCCCCACGGCGUGGGCACCACACGCCCGUACAACUUCCCGCUCACGAGAUCUUUCUGGCGCGAGGUCUGUGGCCGCGACGGCCGCGGGGGAGCGCCCCUCCAGCGGGGCCAGGAGCGCCGCGAGGACCCUCCGGACGAGGAGCUGGCGCGGCUGCCCUGCGACCCGGAGGCCACAGGCGAGCUGUUCGAGGAGGAGGACAGCGCCAGGCUGCAGGAGCUGCGCGGCAGCGGCCAGGUGGUCACCGCCCGCGGCCUCCGGAAGGCCUUCCUCGACGCCGCGGGCCGCACCGUCCGCGCCGUCAACGGCCUGAGCCUGACCAUGUACGCGGGCGAGUGCUUCUGCCUGCUCGGCCACAACGGGGCGGGCAAGACCACCACCAUGGCGUGCCUGACCGGAGUGCUCGCGCCGACGGCGGGGAGCGUGCAGGUCUUCGGCAGGCGCAUGCCCGCAGAGCUGCCGGCGAUCCGGCAGGAGAUGAGCUUCUGCAUGCAGCAGAACGUCCUGUGGGACGGCCUGACCGUGGAGGAGCACGCGCAGCUCUUCGGGGCCCUCAUGGGCCGGUCGAGGCGGUCCGUUCGCGCGGCCAGCGGCCGCACCCUAGCACAGGUGGAGCUCUUGCACAAGAGGCACGCCCAGGCCUGCCAUCUCUCCGGGGGCAUGAAGCGCAAGCUGAGCGUCGCGCUGGCGCUGCUGGGCGACUCCAGGGUCGUCAUCCUCGACGAGCCGACCGCCGGCAUGGACCCGCACACGCGGCGGCAGCUGUGGGCGGUGCUGAAGCAAAACCGGGCGGGGCGCGUCCUGUGCCUGACGACGCACCACAUGGACGAGGCGGACGAGCUCGGGGACCGCGUCUGCAUCAUGGUGCACGGCCGCGCCGCGUGCUGCGGCACAAGCGCUUUCCUCAAGCAGCGGCUGGGCUGUGGGUACCUGCUCACCUUCGUGAAGGUGGGCGAGUCCGUGCCAGACGGCCCGAUUGUGUCGCUAGUGACGGCGCACUGCGGCGAGGGCGUCCGGACCGCGGCCUCUGCCGGGCGUGAGUUGCGGGUACAGGUUCCCUUCGCUGGCGCCCCCGCAUUCCCUGGGAUGAUGAGGGAGCUGGACAGGCGGCUUAGGGAACUGGGCGCUGAGUCGUACGGCGUCGGAGUCUCGGACCUGGAGGACGUCUUCCUGAGGGUGGCCAACGGCGAGGCCGCGCGCCCCAGAGCGGGCGCCAUCCCGCGGGGCAGGCCAGCAGCGCGGUCGGCCGCGCCCGCCGGGCCCCGCAGGGAUGACCCGUUCCACGCCCGCGCGGGCGUGAGCUUCAGGCGGCAGUUCCUCGGCCUCUUCCAGCGCCGCGUGCGCUACGGCCGCCGUGACUCCCGCACGUUUUGCUGCCAGCUGCUCAUGCCGACCGGCAUCAUGGUGGUCUUCCUCACGGUCUCGAGGGCGGGCAUGGGCGACAUGGGCCGCUACGAGCGCGUUCGGGUUGGCGUGGCCAGCUCGGACGGCGGGCGCCGCGCGCUGGUUUCGGUCGGGGUGUCCCCGGGUUCCGACGGGAGCCAGCGGAGCCAGGCGUUGGCGCGCGCGUGGGCGUCGAGCCCAGAGCUGGGCGAGCUGUGCGACGUCAGGGUGAACUUGUCCCUGUGCCCUCCGCCCGUGCAGGGCGACUUCGUGAACGGGCAGAGGAACAGUGAGGAGAUCGCUUUCGCCGACUACGCGUUUGCCUUCCGCCACGACGGCAGCGGGAACUCUCGAAGAAGAAACACUGGCAUGUAA